CCGCCCCGUCGCCCCGCCCUCCUGUCCAGCGGGCCGGAAGGAUGCGCUCCCGGAAGUUCCGGUGGGGCCAUCGCUGUGUGGGGUAAACAGUAAUGGCGGAGGCUGCGGUGGCCCCCGGUGGUGGCGGAACAGUGGGAGCAACGAGCUCGGCCGCUGGGGCAGCUUCCGUGACGGCUACCAGCGCUGACAGCGCCUCCGCCACCACCCUCACCACCACGGCCUCCCGCCUCCCCACAGCCGCACCCCAGCCGUCGCCGGCCGGAGCCGGAGGAGGAAGUAGCGGCUGUUGGACUAAGCAGGUCGCCUGCAGGUAUUUCAUGCAUGGUGUUUGCAAGGAGGGGGAUAACUGCCGUUACUCUCAUGAUCUCUACACUAGUCAGUCUGCCAUGGUGUGCAGGUAUUUUCAGCGAGGAUGCUGUGCUUACGGAGAUCGUUGCAGAUAUGAACAUACCAAGCCAUUGAAAAGGGAAGAAGUGACUACUGUGAGUCCAGCUGCAAAAACAUAUCCAUCAGCUUCCACAGAUGUGACCUCAUCCUCUGCAACACUUGAAGUAAGCACCAGUGAGACUGAAAUUGAAGACAGAGACUUGGUCGUUGUCGGAGCUGGUGCUGAAGAUUGGGUCAAUGCAGUGGAGUUUGUUCCUGGGCAGCCAUAUUGUGGCCGCACUGCUCCUUCCUGCACUGAAACACCUUUGCAGGGAAUGGUCAUUGAAGAAGAAUAUGAAAAACAGCAAACAAAUCUGGAAAUGAAAAAGCAACUUUGUCCUUACGCUGCAGUCGGAGAAUGCCGUUAUGGAGAAAACUGUGUAUAUAUCCAUGGAGAUGUAUGUGACAUGUGUGGCUUGCAGGUCCUCCAUCCUGCUGAUGCUGGGCAGCGAUCCUUGCACAUAAAGUCUUGCAUUGAGGCUCACGAGAAGGACAUGGAGCUCUCAUUUGCCGUCCAGCGUAGCAAAGACAUGGUGUGCGGGAUCUGCAUGGAGGUGGUGUACGAGAAGGCCAACCCCAGCGAACGCCGCUUUGGGAUCCUCUCCAACUGCAAUCACACUUACUGUCUCAAGUGCAUCCGCAAGUGGAGGAGCGCUAAACAAUUUGAGAGCAAGAUUAUAAAGUCCUGCCCAGAAUGUCGGAUCACAUCUAACUUUGUCAUUCCAAGUGAGUACUGGGUGGAGGAGAAGGAAGAGAAGCAGAAACUCAUUCAGAAAUACAAGGAGGCAAUGAGCAACAAGCCAUGCAGGUAUUUUGAUGAAGGUCGUGGGAGCUGCCCAUUUGGAGGGAACUGUUUUUACAAACACGCAUAUCCCGAUGGCCGCCGUGAAGAGCCCCAGAGGCAGAAAGUGGGAACUUCAAGUAGAUACAGAGCCCAGCGGAGGAACCGGUUUUGGGAAUUCAUCGAAGAGAGGGAGGGCAGUGAUCCCUUUGAGAACGACGAGGAUGAUGUGGUGACCUUUGAGCUAGGCGAGAUGCUUCUCAUGUUGUUGGCGGCAGGAGGCGAUGAUGACCUGACAGACUCCGAGGACGAGUGGGACUUGUUUCACGAUGAGCUGGAAGACUAUUAUGACUUGGAUCUAUAGCACCUCUUUGUGGAGUUUGAACUGCCUGCUUGAUUUUCAGGCAGUAGCUCUUUUUCCUGUGGUGUUGUGGCAGUGCCUGUGUUUUGUUUUUUUCCCCCCCUCUUAGGCAGGCCUAUCCAUUCCAGGUGCUGCUAUUGUAAUAACAUUUGACCCAGGGUCUGUCUCCCUUUCCCUGCUCUCGAUCUCCCACCCCACUCACCCAGCCCUAGGAGUGUGUGUUUUUUUCUUCUCUGUUAAAACAAAUGACAUGAAAUAAACCUUUAAAAUGUUAGGGUUUUUUUGUACAAAUGAAUUUAACUGUCAGACAGUUAGAUUAGACUUGUUGCUUCAUAUCUGUGUUCCUGACAGGAUUCACCCAGUUCCAGGGUUCAAGUGUUUACAUGACUCCACACUCAUUUUGAAGAGCCCAGAUACAAACAUACGAGCAGCGGCUGUGCAUCGGGCGAGGGGAGGGACAGGCAGAAGUUGGCCAAUGGCCUCUUUCCACUAUGGACUUUGGAAACGUGUUUUUUUCUAUUUCGGAUACCAGGCUAGUGGUGUAUUUUCCUGGCUGGCUUCAGCUCCAUUCCAACCUCUCCUCAUGUACACGUGUUCAUUUGUGGUUUUGGCCUCUUGUUUACUUGCACAUUACUAUUUACUACUGUGUAACCAGAACCAGGCGCGCGAAUGUUCCGGGUUUUUACUGUUUUGGCAUGAAAGGCAAACGUGUUUGUGUGUGAAAGGAGAACUUUCUAUGUGUGUAUAUACAAAUAAAAUGCAGAAUUGUAUUCCAAGGGCUGGGCAACUUGGUAUAUGUGUAUAUUAAAACUUUCCACUUUCCUAUCCUUCUCUCACCCCCCCUUCCCACAUGCACACCUUUUUUUGGUGCACAGUGUUUUGACAUCUGACUGGAUUUUGAAGUAAAUGUUGUGGAUCUCAACCAAUUCUGUGCAAAUAAUCUUUAAACCAGCUAAUAGGACUUGGUAGUUGACACUUCCUUUAUGACACCAGCACUCUUCCUUUUUCUUUCCUUUCUAGCCACCUUGCCUCUUCAUGUGGUUGUAUUUGACUUGUGCAGGCGUAGAAACAUGGUUAGCCAAAGAGGGUCUGGACCAAACAAUUACCAGUGGAGGACCAUGGUGUAUUGGGAUCCCUGUGUUCACUUCAUCUUUUAAAAAUAUUGUAGAUGAUCAGUAACAGCCAAGUAGAGUCUUCUCUUUCUUAGUUAAGAAGCCCCUUGUCAACUUGCAAAGUUGGGCAAGUGAAUUUAGAUUGGUUAUACAACAUGUAUGUUACUACUUUGUCCUCAUGUAUAAACAGCCAAACAGCUAGUCUGUAGAGAAGUCCAGAUGUCACCAAAGCCUCCCCACUUCCCUCUUUCUUCCUUUCUCCCUUAGUGCAAUUUUAACUUCCCAUUACAUUUAAUGCUGCUGGAUUCUCUUUGAUCUCUUCUGCUUCUGUCCUUUAGAUUGCGUCUCCUUUCACUUUUAAAUGAAUCAGAAAUUGUUGCUGAAGUCUGUGUUACUUUGCAGCUGCCUUUUGUAAGAAGCACUUUUCCCAAAUAAAAACAAACAAACAGAAAAGCA